CCGCCUCCCGUAAGAGUUCCUCCAGCCGCUAUGACCUACUCAGCACCUGUGAUGCAUACUAUUCCACAAAGUGAAGAACCAAUUUUCCAUUCAGGGAAUAUGGAGGCCAACAAUAAAGUGAAUGACUUACAAGAGAAGUAUGAGAUGAUGAACCAGGAAAUGAAGGCUCUCCGGGGGAAAGAGAAGUUUGGGAAGACCGCCUACGAUCUCUGUUUAGUGCCGAAUGUCCAGAUACCCCACAAAUUCAAAAUUCCAGAUUUCGAGAAAUAUAAAGGGAACUCUUGCCCUGAGGAACAUCUGAAAAUGUAUGCAAGAAGGAUGUCCGCAUAUGCCCGGGACGAUCAAGUCCUCAUUUAUUACUUUCAAGAGAGUUUGGCCAGUCCCGCCUCCAAAUGGUACACGAAUCUAGACAAAACAAAGAUUCAAACUUUCCGUGAUCUAUGUGAAGCUUUUGUGGAGCAAUACAGUUAUAAUGUGGAUAUGGCUCCAGAUCGAAGUGAUCUUCAAGCUAUGACUCAAGAGAACAAGGAAACAUUCAAGGAGUACGCACAGCGAUGGAGAGAUACCGCUGCCCAAGUCAACCCGCGUAUUGAGGAAAAGGAGAUGACCAAGCUCUUCUUAAAAACUCUCAACUCUUUCUACUACAAAAGGAUGGUUGGAAGUACGCCCAAGAACUUUGCUGAGAUGGUUGGUAUGGGUGUGCAGUUGGAAGAAGGGGUCCGAGAAGGACGUUUAGUAAAAGAUCCAACUUCUACCAGUGGAACCAAGAAAUUCGGGAGUCACCUCCCAAGAAAGAAAGAACAAGAAGUCAGUAUGGUGGCUCAUGGAAGAUCUCAACAAACUUAUCCAAUCUAUCAACCCGUUGCUGCUAUCACACCCGCCGCCCAUACUAUUCAACCAACAAAUAGCCAUCCUCAAUCCCCACAAUAUCCUCAAUUCCCACAAUAUCCCCAACAACAAUAUCCUCAACCACAAUAUCCUCAACAACAAUAUCCUCAACCACAAUAUCAACAACAAUAUCCUCAACCACAAUAUCCUCAACAACAAUACCCUCAACAAAAUCUCCAACAACUGUACCAACAACGCCCAUAUCAACAACAACCUUAUCAACAACAACAACCUCGACCACCAAAGAUGCCGAUUGACCCAAUUCCUGUCCCCUAUGCAGAGCUGCUUCCAGGGUUACUCAAGAAAAAUUUGGUCCAAACUAGAGCACCUCCUCCGGUACCAGAAAAACUGCCGUCCUGGUAUAGACUUGACCAGACUUGCGAUUUCCAUCAAGGGGGUCGUGGUCAUAAUAUUGAAACCUGUUAUGCCUUUAAAAGCACGGUACAGAGGCUAAUCAAUGACGGAAAGAUAACUUUUACGGACUCAGCGCCGAAUGUUCAAACAAAUCCAUUACCAAACCAUGGUGCUGCAGCCGUCAACAUGGUCGAAGAUUGCCAAAGGACUCACCUCAUUCUUGACGUCCAACACAUCCAAACACCCCUAGUCUCGUUACAUGCCAAGUUAUGCAAGGUGAACCUUUUUGAGCAUGAUCAUGAUAUCUGCGAAGUGUGCCAACUAAAAUCCGGGGGAUGUCAGAAACCUUUUGAGAUAUUCUAUGACAGUCGGAAGUCAACAGCUACUCCUUUAGUGAUCUGCUUGCCUGGUCCAAUACCGUAUGUAUCCGAGAAGGCUAUUCCUUACAAAUACAAUGCCACUAUGAUAGAAGGUGGUCAUGAAGUUCCAAUACCGCCUUUGCCUUAUAAAGUUAGUGCUCCAAUGAUUGAGGAAGCUCCGGCUAAGGAUCCUAGUGCUGUCAAAGAGGUAAGCCAGUCCAAUGGGGCCGAUGCAAGUUCAGAGUUUGAUGAAAUUCUCAAGUUGAUAAAGAAGAGUGAAUACAGGGUUGUUGACCAACUGAUGCAGACUCCGUCAAAAAUAUCCAUAAUGUCUUUGUUACUGAAUUCUGAGGCUCACAAGGAAGCACUGAUGAAGGUCCUGGAACAAGCUUUUGUGGACUAUGACGUAACCGUAGGCCAAUUUGGUGGGAUAGUCGGGAAUAUCACUGCAUGUAACAAUUUGAGUUUCAGUGAUGAAGAGCUCCCAGCAGAAGGAAAGAACCAUAACUUGGCAUUACAUAUAUCGGUGAAUUGCAAGACUGACGCUUUGUCAAAUGUACUAGUAGACACCGGUUCGGCUCUGAACGUGAUGGCCAAGACAACCUAUGACCAACUCUCUUACCAGGGUAUGCCUUUGAGACGGAGUGGAGUAAUGGUGAAAGCUUUUGAUGGUUCAAGGAAGAAUGUUCUUGGAGAGGUACUCCUGCCUAUUACAAUUGGGCCACAAGUUUUCCAGAUUAAUUUCCAAGUGAUGGACAUUCAGGCAUCAUAUAGUUGCCUGCUAGGCCGACCCUGGAUCCGAGGCGGGGCAGUGACGUCUACACUGCAUCAAAAGUUGAAAUUCGUGAGGAAUGGGAAGCUGGUAACAGUGAAUGGUGAAGAGGCUUUGUUGGUGAGCCAUUUGUCGUCUUUCUCAUUCAUCGGGGCUGACAGUGUUGAAGGGACACCUUUUCAAGGAUUUUCCAUGGAAGAGGAGCGUACCAAGAAGAGUGAGGCAUCUAUUUCUUCUCUGAAGGAUGCUCACAAGGUAAUACAAGCCGGAGGAUCUGCAAGCUGGGGAAAGUUGAUAGAACUGCCAGAAAACAAACGCCAAGAAGGGCUGGGUUUCUUUCCAUCAGGUGAUUCGUCCAAGACAAGAACCGUCGUCGAGACAAUAAAGGGUACUUUCCACAGUUCCGGUUUCAUUCAUGCAAUCAUCAAAGAUGAUCCGGAAGAAGUGCCUCGAAGUUUUGUGACACAGGGAGGGUCUAGCCACAAUUGGGUUGCUGUUGAUGUUCCUUUUAUUGCUCACUUAUUAAAAAAUGAUGAACCCUUUGAGCAACAUAGCCCUAUGAUCUCUCCCAAUUUUGAGUUCCCUGUGUAUGAGGCGGAAGAAGAAGAGGUUGAAGAGAUUCCCGACGAAAUCUCUCGGCUGCUCGAACGGGAAAGAAAGACCAUUCAGCCUUUUGGAGAAGAAUUAGAAAUGAUCAAUUUGGGUACCGAAGAAGACAAAAAAGAGGUCAAGAUUGGGGCAUCACUCGAAGUAAGUGUCAAGAGGCGAGUGAUAGAACUUCUUAAAGAAUAUAGUGAUGUGUUCGCCUGGUCGUACCAAGAUAUGCCGAGUCUUGAUACUGAUAUUGUGGUGCAUCAUCUGCCUUUAAAGCCUGAGUGCCCGCCAGUCAAGCAGAAAUUGAGAAGAACCCGUCCUGACAUGGCUCUCAAGAUUAAAGAGGAAGUACAUAAACAGAUCGACGCGGGUUUCCUUGUCACAUCAAAGUACCCUCAAUGGCUAGCCAAUAUAGUGCCUGUUCCAAAGAAGGAUGGUAAAGUCAGAAUGUGUGUUGAUUACCGGGAUCUAAACAAAGCCAGUCCCAAGGAUGAUUUCCCGUUGCCUCAUAUUGAUGUGUUGGUUGAUAGUACUGCAAAAUCCAAAGUCUUCUCAUUCAUGGAUGGUUUCUCCGGUUAUAAUCAGAUCAAGAUGGCACCCGAAGAUAGAGAGAAGACGUCUUUUAUUACACCUUGGGGCACUUUCUGUUACAGAGUAAUGCCGUUCGGGUUGAUCAAUGCUGGAGCUACUUAUCAGAGGGGUAUGACUACUAUCUUUCAUGACAUGAUACAUAAAGAGAUUGAGGUCUAUGUGGAUGACAUGAUAGUCAAGUCGAUUACCGAAGAAGAACAUGUAGAGUAUUUGUUGAAGAUGUUCCAGCGGUUAAGAAAGUACAAACUUCGUCUGAAUCCCAACAAGUGCACUUUUGGUGUUAGAUCUGGGAAGCUUCUAGGCUUCAUUGUCAGUCAGAAAGGUAUUGAAGUAGAUCCCGACAAAGUUAGAGCUAUCCGAGAGAUGCCUGUUCCGAAAACAGAAAAACAAGUAAGGGGGUUUCUCGGACGACUGAAUUACAUCUCCCGUUUCAUUUCUCAUAUGACAGCAACGUGCGGGCCGAUAUUCAAAUUACUCCGCAAAGAGCAAGGUAUUGUGUGGACAGAGGAUUGCCAGAAGGCUUUUGACAGCAUCAAAGAGUACUUGCUAGAGCCUCCGAUUCUCAUCCCUCUAGUUGAAGGAAGACCACUGAUUAUGUACCUGGCUGUGCUAGAAGAUUCUAUGGGUUGUGUACUCGGACAACAAGAUGAAACUGGAAGAAAGGAGCACGCCAUUUAUUAUCUAAGCAAGAAGUUUACUGACUGUGAAUCUCGCUAUUCCAUGCUUGAGAGGACUUGUUGUGCUCUAGCCUGGGCUGCCAAACGCCUCCGUCAUUAUAUGAUUAGUCAUACUACUUGGCUGAUAUCUAAAAUGGAUCCGAUCAAGUACAUAUUUGAGAAGCCCGCUUUGACAGGGAGGAUUUCCCGGUGGCAGAUGCUAUUAUCCGAGUAUGAUAUUGAGUACCGUUCUCAGAAAGCAAUCAAAGGCAGUAUCCUUGCUGAUCACCUGGCUCACCAACCACUUGAAGACUACCAGCCUAUCAAGUUUGACUUUCCCGAUGAAGAGAUUAUGUAUCUGAAGAUGAAAGAUUGUGACGAACCACUAUUCGGAGAAGGUCCUGAUCUAGACUCAGAGUGGGGUUUGAUAUUUGAUGGUGCUGUUAACGUCUAUGGUAAUGGAAUAGGGGCAGUAAUUCUUACCCCGAAGGGUACUCACAUCCCUUUCACUGCAAGGCUUCGGUUUGAUUGCACGAACAACAUUGCAGAAUAUGAGGCUUGCAUCAUGGGUAUUGAAGAAGCCAUUGAUUUGAGGAUUAAGAAUAUCAAAAUAUAUGGAGAUUCAGCUCUCGUGAUUAACCAGAUCAAAGGAAAAUGGGAAACUCUCAACACUAGACUAAUACCUUAUAGGGACUACGCGAGACGUUUGUUGACUUUCUUCAACAAAGUGGAGUUGCACCAUAUCCCUCGGGAUGAGAAUCAGAUGGCGGAUGCUCUUGCUACUUUAUCUUCAAUGAUCAAGGUGAACCAUAGUAAUGACGUGCCACUAAUCAGUGUCAAGUUCCUUGAUAGGCCUGCUCAUGUGUUGGCUGCCGAAAUAGUUUUCGAUGAUAAUCCAUGGUUUCAUGAUAUCAAGGUGUUUCUUCAAACUCAAGAGUAUCCUCCCGGAGCAUCCAACAAAGACAAGAAAACUCUAAGAAGACUGUCGGACAUUUUGUAUAAAAGAAACUUUGACAUGGUCUUACUCAGAUGUGUAGACAGAUACGAAGCUGAUUUAUUGAUGCAUGAAAUACACGAAGGAUCCUUCGGAACUCAUCCUAGUGGGCAUACAAUGGCUAAGAAGAUAUUGAGAGCAGGCUAUUACUGGAUGACGAUGGAGGCCGAUUGUUACAAGCAUGCCAGGAAGUGUCAUAAAUGUCAGAUAUAUGCCGAUAAGAUUCAUGUGCCGCCAACUGCACUCAGUGUUCUUUCUUCUCCGUGGCCUUUCUCUAUGUGGGGCAUCGACAUGAUUGGAAGGAUUGAGCCCAAAGCUUCAAAUGGACACCGCUUCAUUCUAGUGGCUAUUGACUAUUUCACCAAGUGGGUUGAAGCUGCUUCUUAUGCUAAUGUGACUAAACAAGUGGUGGUCAAGUUUAUCAAGAAUCAUAUCAUCUGCCGUUACGGUGUCCCCAGUCGGAUCAUUACAGACAACGGGACGAAUCUAAAUAACAAAAUGAUGAGAGAGCUGUGUGAUGAUUUCAAAAUCGAGCACCAUAACUCUUCGCCGUACAGACCGCAGAUGAAUGGUGCUGUCGAAGCUGCAAACAAAAACAUAAAGAAAAUUGUCCAGAAAAUGGUAGUAACUUAUAAGGAUUGGCAUGAGGUGCUUCCCUUUGCAUUACAUGGAUAUCGUACUUCGGUACGCACAUCAACAGGGGCAACCCCUUUCUCUUUGGUAUACGGCAUGGAGGCGGUACUUCCGGUAGAGGUUGCGAUUCCUUCAAUGAGAGUUUUAAUGGAGGCGGAAUUGUCAGAGGCUGAAUGGGUUCAAAAUAGGUACGACCAAUUGAAUCUGAUCGAAGAAAAGCGCAUGGCUUCUCUUUGCCAUGGACAACUAUAUCAGAAGAGGAUGAAACAGGCUUUUGACAAGAAAGUUCGUCCCCGUGAAUUUAAAGAAGGUGAUCUUGUGCUCAAAAAGAUUUUGACUUUCCAACCUGACUCCAGGGGCAAAUGGACGCCUAACUAUGAAGGCCCAUAUGUUGUCAAGAAAGCCUUCUCAGGUGGUGCUAUGACUCUGCAAACCAUGGAUGGUGAAGAACUUCCACGUCCUGUAAACACGGAUGCAGUCAAGAAAUACUUUGUUUUCGAGGAACUCUCUCCCCACAAGGCACCAUUUGUCACUUUGUCUUCAAGAAGAAAUUCUGAGAUGGCUGGGAGGAAUGAUGCUGCUCUUGCUGCUGCACUUGAGGCUGUAGCCCAAGCUGUACAACAACAACCGAGUGUUGUUGCUGGUAAGAAGGAAAUUGAGUUUCUGGACUUGAAGCAAGGUGAUAUGUCGGUAACUGAGUAUGCAGCUAAGUUUGUGGAGCUUUCAAAAUUCUAUCCACACUAUACUGCGGAGACAACUCAGUUCUUCAAUUGCAUCAAGUUUGAAAAUGGUUUGAGAGCUGAUAUCAAGCGGGCUAUUGGUUAUCAGAAGAUAAGAAAUUUUUCUGAAUUAGUAAGCAGCUGUAGAAUCUAUGAAGAGGAUACAAAAGCUCAUUAUAAAGUGAUGAGUGAGCGCAGAGGCCACAAGAGUAAUGUGUGUGACCGAGAUGAGAAGAAGUGCUUUAGGUGUGGACAGAAAGGACAUACUUUAGCUGAUUGUAAGCGUGGGAUGUUGUAUGCUAUAAUUGUGAUGAAGAGGGACAUAUUAGCUCGCAGUGCAAGAAGCCCAAGAAGUUUCGGACAGGUGGCAAGGUGUUUGCUUUGA